GUCAACUAUAACCCUGCCAUGCGUGCACGUACAGGACGGGACACCCAGAUGAGUUCCAGCAUGUCUCCUGGUGCUCCUGCUGAGAUUAACAUGCAGAGCACAGAACUCACCGGGACUCACAAACAAACUUGAAAGGAGCUGAGAGAGAGACGUGGGGGGAAUCCUGGAGUGAAAAUCAAUGCAGCAAGAUGGAGAUGUUGCAAGCCAAAAAGAGUGAAACAGAAGGUUGGGAGGCCGGCAGACGGGUGAGGGGGUGUACAGAGGGAGGGACUUCAGUGGCAAGAAAAAAGGGAAGGCGACAGUGAAGAAUGCAUUAGACUGAGAGGAAAUAAACCAGAAGCCUGCUGGAGAGAAGAUCUCAUUCAAGACUUGAGCAGAAACCAUUCAGACUGCUUUCAAACAGGCUCAAGAUGUUUCUGGUGUCACCCGUCAUGUUUUUCCUCCUCCUCUGUGUGAUGGAGUUCGUCUACACCACAUCUGUCAGUCCGUCACUGCAUCAGCCUCCUCUCACACGUGUUCGCAUUAUCGAAGUCGAGGAUGACUAUGAUGAAGAAAGUUCAAAGACGACGCUGUCGCCCCAGUCGCCAGGGGUCACGACCUCUCGUGUGAUCCGUCGACCUUGUGAUUACGACCCCUGUGCAGUCCAGCUCACCCCUUGUGAAAAGGUUUCAGCCCAGAUUGGCUGCCUCUGUCCUGGGUUGACGGGGCCGGAGAAGAGACCCGAGGCUCCUAAGCUCCAGGAGGUGAAGCUGGACGGAUCCGGCGAAGUGUUUGUGCAUUGGUGUGCUCCUCGCUCCACCGUCACCUAUUAUGAAGUCACACUGAAAGAUGCAAACAAGCAGCUGGUUUUUGGUGAAUAUUUAAGAAAUGGUGCCGUACCCGGGCUGAAAGUCGGGGAGACGGUGUGUGUGGCGGCCGGGAAUGCAGUGGGACUCAGCGAGACGUCGUGUGCACGGUAUGAGCCACCGCAACCUGACCAGGUGGCUCUGAGCGCAGGGAUCAUCGCAGGGAGCGUCGGCUUCCUGCUGCUGCUUUCAGCGCUCGUCGUUAUACUGUGGAGACGAAGGACGUGUCGAAAAGGCAGGAUGGGAGACGCCGAGGGCCUUGGAAAUCCUUCAUACACCAAUGAUGGACCGCUUUGAUGGU